GUUUGACAGCUUCAACACAGACUUCUUCCAGACGAGUUACAGCAUUGAUGACCAGACACAGUCUUACGAUUACAGUGGAAGACCGUACAGCAAGUAACUUGCGCAUGCCUUUUGAACCCGUGUAACGUGUGUCUCCUGUAAAGCUGUUCAGUCGUGCUUCUUGAGCGACCAAGCCCGAGUUCAGAUACUUCUGGGAUAGUCUGUUUAUUCAGAAAAGUAUCCGCAUUUCAGCCGACUGCUGUUGCCUGAGAUUGAAUUCCCGUUGCUCUGUUUUGUGAAGAGCGUAACUUAUAUCCUACAAAGAGUGAUAUAAAGCACAUUGAAUAAUCUGCCUUCUGCGUUUUCAAGCAAAGAUUAGAAAAUUGAAAGAAAGGCAGUAUGGAGGCUAUGAAUACUCUCAACAAAGUGGAUUUGUCCCUCCAGACAUGAUGCAGCAGCAGCAGCCUUACACAGGGCAGAUUUACCAGCCGACACAGACGUACACUCCAACUUCAGCACAGUCUUUUUAUGGAAGUAAUUUUGAGGAUGAGCCGCCUCUGUUAGAAGAAUUGGGGAUCAAUUUUGACCACAUCUGGCAGAAGACACUAACUGUGCUACACCCAUUAAAAGUAGCGGAUGGCAGCAUCAUGAAUGAGACUGAUUUGGCUGGACCAAUGGUCUUCUGUCUGGCUUUUGGAGCCACAUUAUUACUGGCUGGUAAAAUUCAGUUUGGAUAUGUGUAUGGAAUAAGUGCAAUCGGAUGUUUAGGGAUGUUUUGUCUCCUGAACCUAAUGAGCAUGACGGGUGUCUCGUUUGGCUGCGUUGCCAGUGUCCUUGGAUACUGUCUUCUUCCUAUGAUCCUACUUUCCACUUUCGCAAUUGUAUUUUCGUUGCAGGGAAUGAUGGGGAUUAUUCUCACGGCUGGAAUCAUUGGCUGGUGCAGCUUUUCUGCUUCCAAAAUCUUUAUUUCUGCCUUAGCAAUGGAAGGACAACAACUUCUAGUAGCAUACCCCUGUGCUUUAUUGUACGGAGUCUUUGCUCUCAUUUCUGUGUUUUGAAUAGACUGUCCAAACUGUUGGACUCCAGUGGGCCAAAAUGAAAACAUCAACUUGGAACAUUUAGUUGGACCAGAAACAGCUGCAAACAACUGUAUAGUGUUGCUAUCACGAAACUUAGACCUGUUUUGAAUCAUCUGGAACAAUGAAAACAAAUGUCUCGUGUUCACUUUUUUAGGACUUUGAAUACCGUUUUCAAAUGACCUGAGGUGUCUAUAGCUUUAAUAAGUGUUCAUGCUUAUCAAGUUAAUGUAAUUUCUUUCCCAUUCCUGUAUCUUUAGAAGAGUUACUCUUGGUUGUUUACUUGAGAGUUAGGGUUUUGUGUUUGUGUGUUGGUUUUUGUUGGUUUUUUUUUUUUUUGUUGUUUUGUUUUUUUUAGGGGCGGGAUAAGGUUUGCAGUUAUAAAUGGAUAGAUUUUAAUUGGCAAAAGUUAACAGAACUGCAGAUGCCAUAGAUUUGGGGUACUCUCUGGAUAAAUCUGCAUUAAUAAAGAACCUAUUUCCUGUCCCCUCUUACCAAAACCAAAAUGCACAAAUGAACACAAGCAAUUAGAGUAUUUUCUAUAUUUUAACAAAUAUACUCUUAAGGUCUUUGGUCUCAUUUAUUUGUUCAUUUGAUGUGAUAGUAUUUCAGGAUUUAAGAUACAUAAAUUACGAAUUAGAAAACAGAUGCUUAAAAGUUAAAGGGAUCUGUAAUUCUGUCACACUUGAAAUAUGAGUACAUUUGGAUGUCUAAGUAGCUAUAUGUUAACUUGGAUUUCUGAAGAUGACUUCAACUAGAGUUUCUUUUCCUAAUGGUGCACAUACUAGUAGAUGAAGAGUAAUCUCUUUUGCAGUACUUCCAAGGAAAACACCAUUUUGAAAAUGUUAUGCUUGUCAGUAUUGUAGUUACUGUAAAAUAAUUUAAGGCGUAUUGAUUAAAUUUUCCUUAAAUUUUGAAAAAGGUGUUUGAUUCUUAUAAUCUUUCUUUUCUAACAGAGUUCAGAAACUUCAGUAUUGAAGCAAAAUUAUAUUUAAAUAUUUAAUAAAACUGUAUUCAGUUAAUGGAUUUGAUACUUGCUCUAGUUACAAAUACUUAAUCCUACAUGAGAAUUACCAUCUAGUUUGUGGUGUUAGUCACUUACAAGAAGUCUUAGAAGCGUAAGAAGUGGGAAACCUAAAAAUGCUUCAUAUAAGCACUUGCUAAUUCUUAAAAUAAGCAAGAAAAGGAUACAGGCAUUUUUAACUCAUUCUGGGGAGGGAAUGUUGCUUACCUGGAUAGUAAUUCCCUGCCCCUGCCUUGGAAAUGAAAAAGUGCUAAAAAAGUGCUAGUUUAUAACUACCGUUUCUUCAGCAAUUUAAUCCAAGGGAUUUAAUUUCAUUGAAUUUACCACAGGUGUUAGUCUGAUGUGCAUCUGUGACGUCCGUGGAAGGAUCUCUUCGUAGGCUUGAGGAGUUGAGUCACUGGUCAGAGGUGUGAACACCUUCUGGUAGGACUCAGCUUGCGAAUGCAUCUCCAAAGGAAAGCUUUCAUCCUGCUGGUAUGUGAAUGAAUAAUUCCAAAGGCUCGGCACACGUUUCUGUUAAUUCCCUUAUUCUGCACGUUCUCCUAAAAUUACCUUCCUAGUGCCACUAGAAGCUACUGAGAAGGCCCUUUGUUAGUGAGAGCCAGCUUUUGCGUGUGUCGCUGGGUGCUGUGGGAAGUGUCAUAGGAGGGUAAAAGCCUUUAAGAACCAAACACUGAUGCACAAAACCAUUCUGACUUGCGUUAUGUACUGUAACUGGCUGUCACAGUGAAUUUUAAAACACACACGCAUAAAAACCCUUCAAUUUCCUUCCAGAAGUGAAUUCAGGAGCCCAGAUAAUUUUCUACUUUGAUGUCUUAUUACAAAUUAUCAUCCUAUAUAAAAGUGGUGAGUUGGUUUUUAUUUAGCAAAAUGUUUUAUUCUGUACUUGGUAGUUCUGAUUUCUUUGGUUUAGUAGACCGCAUCUGCCCUGGUGCACAAAGUUCUUACUCCUUUUACUGAAGAACAUUACCUGCUGAUGGAGCAUGAUGUCCUGUAUUUGUGCAAAUAAAUUAUGGUGAUUACCUUUACUAAUGAGGCCUAAUUAAAUACAGAAUUGCUCUAGUAAGUAUAAAAGCUCACAUACUUUCUUGAGCACAUCAGGUUCUAAUACUCAAAUAUUGUAUUUUUGUGAAGCGAGCUAAUUAAGCUUACCUUGCAUAAACAAAUGAGGUUCAUUUUUUAAAGUUUGCACUGAUUCUCUUGAUAGCUUCCAGGGUGGUUUACUGAUGUGUGACACUUAUUUAUAACCUUUUCUCUCAUGAGCAAACCAAGCGCACAGGAAAAAUGUUAAGAUUAGCUUGUCUCAGUGUAGCACCAGCCAUACAGCUGCUGAGUUUGGCAAGACCAUAUGAAAAGGUAUUUCACGUAUGUUCACAAAGUUCCUGCUCUGGCAGUAGAGGAUACCACAUGCUCUACUCGAGCAGCGAGGUUUGACCAGUGAGUUUCAGGAACAUUUUGUUUUCUUCAGCUCACAUUGUGGAGAACUUAGCAGUGAAUUUCUAGCUGGACUCUUAGGGGCAGGAGAGAAACAGAUGCAAGUAGAAGGUCAAAUACUCUUAAUUCAUAGAGGACUUCAUAAAAAUGCAAUGUUAUGUCUAGACUGGUAGUCUCAAAUAUCCCCAAUUUCUGGUACAUCACAUUUAAUGUGAUUCCAUUGACCAUGUUUAUUGCCUUUCCAAAAUCAAUUCCAUUGAUUUUCUGUAAUAAUAUUUUGUCCUAGACUUGCUUCAACUUUAGUUACAUUUCAGAUGAUUUAAUCUUGCCAUCACAUAGAAUGACAAGAUUAUAUGCUGUAAUUCUUUACUCCCACCUUUGCCUUUCACGUUUAGUAGGACUUUUUUUACUUUCUAAAUCUGAACUCUCCCCCACAGUCUGUUGACAUCAGUAUUCUCAUCUAGUUUUCAGAUGAAAUACAUUACUUGCUUCCAUCCUACAUUGUCUCUUGACAAUUUCGUGUUACUCAGUUUAAAGCAUUGGAAUGUGAAUGCUGAUGUUGCUUUUUUUAAAACUGCUUUUCUUAUCAUGCCCAAUCUUGAAAUUACUUCCUAUUCUGCAAAAGUUAAGUUACUUUUCCCAGUUUGUCCAUUUUUUGUUUAAGUUUGUCGAUGUUUUGAUAGUGACUUUUUCAGAUCACUUGUUUUGCUAUGAGGCAGCUGCUGACUGUAGUUGUUUUUUUCUAUAGGCAACAUUUCUGUAAAUAUCAACAAGUUACAUGGCACAUCCUUUAAUAAAAAACACGGUUUUUUGGUGCUUUUAGGCCUUUCAUCUGUGUGCUGGUGUUCUUGAGGGGCUGUUACUUGUUUAAUGAUGGAUGAACACCUUUAGAAGCCACAGAGAGCAAGGACUGAUUUGGUGUUUUCUGUGAAGCCAGAUGUUCCUCCAUCCUCAUGGCUGGACAGGAGCAUCCUGGAUUUGUAUGGGGAGCCGCAACAUCGCUGUGCACCAGCAUUGCUUGUGCUUUGCCCUGCCUACUCUCCAAAAAUCUUACUUCCAUAGAGUUGAGCGGUCCAGACUGGCUUACUGUAGAGGCCCCUCGUUCAGGUCUGUAACAAGAAGCUGGAGUACCCUUGGGCUUCUCUGUUUUGCUAGAUAAUCUGUGCAUGAAGGAUCUGGGACUGUCGCUCCUCUAGGGACCGAUGGUUGCAGUUGGGCACGUGCUUUGUGGUGCAAAGGCUGGGCUGGUCACAGCCUGAGAGCACUCAGUGGGAGGGAGUCACUUGCUAGUGCACUAACGGUGCAUUAGUUCGUAUCAGUACCAUUGUUUAAAAGUUUGUUAAUGCUUUUUAGGAACCACUUUGGCUAAAAGAACAGCCAGCACUUUGGGGUAUAACAUUCGUUAUACCACAGAAGCAGGGUUUGCAAAAG